AUGGAAAAACCUGUAAGAAAAAGAGGCAGACCACCAAUCACUAAGGAUUAUAAGAAUCCUCUAGAGAGUCCAAUGGCGCACUCGUCGUUGAAAGUUCAAAAGCUGGGAGCGCAAGGAUUUUCUCGACCAAUGAUGAAGGUCGGACAACUGACCCCUUCUCCUAGGAACAGAAGAACUAGCAGUAGCAGCGCAGGAAGCUGUGGGGGUAGUUCAAUCAUGGAAGAAACUGUUUCAGGUUUGCAGGGAUCUAACAGCAAAAGAGGAAGAUUCAGAGGAGUUCUUCUGACCACACCGACCAAAAUCAACGCGGGUGUAUCAACAUCCUCUACACCAUCCUCUAAUGAUAGCAUGUUUCAGUCGUCAUCAAGAAUGAUAUUAAAGAGCUCACCACCUUCAGUUUCUUCACCGCUAUCAGAGACGAUGGAAUCUAAAGAGUUCAACCAUAUGAGCAGUUCGCAACUUUUUAAGUUUGCUUUGACCAUAGGGGAUAACGGAAGGGCCUCCAUUGCUGGGUCUUCUCCACUUACUACGCCUAAAAAAGAGCUGCGUCCAAUUCUGCCUGAGCACGCAAAGGUUGAUUCGACAUCGAAAAAAGCUACAGAAGGUCAAUCUCGAUCAGGAACUACUUAUGAGAAAAAACGCGUAUUGAGUUUACUGAGACAAAUGAGAAAUGGUCCUAGCAGCUCAAAACACUUGAAGAACUUCCGUAGAAGUGAGCAGGUGCAGAGCAAAAAAUCUCAAGAUACUUUCAAGGUAAUGGAUCUGCAAAGGUAUGAUAGCUCUCCUGUCAAAAUGUCAAAGAAUGCAGAAAAAAAUAAUUGCCAACUCUCGCCAAGUGUUUAUAUUCCAAAAUCUCCGCAAUUCCCCUCAACUCCAAGAGCCUCAUUUCCAAUGCGAACUGGCCUUACACCGAACGUAGGAAUUGAUCAAGUUUUAUUGGAUAUUGUUUCCUCUCCAAGGGCAGGUAUUUUGACUGGAAACGACGGUCAUAUCAUAACAUUGUCACCAAGAGGCAGAUCACUUUCAAAAUCUGCGGGCUUAAAUAGAACCGCUCAGCAGCAGCAAUUCGAACAGCAGCAACAGCAGCAGCAGUAUGUUUUCAAGUUUUCCAGUGCUGAUCCAUUACUUAUGACAGACGAUGUAGAGGGAAGCUGGUCGGAAGUUAUUUACAACCACGUUCCAUCGUCUCCUAAACAUCAAAUCUGUUUCAAUACUCCUCCAUCCUGGAUGAAUCUGGGAUCACCAAAAGCUUUCACACCUUUAAGAAGGGAUUCAAACACAAUUCUAAUCUCGGCCUGUCAAAGCUCGGGUGCUGAAGCUAUUUCACAGGUACCUAUUGACAUGGCAAAUCUAAAAAAUUAUUCUUCGAAUAACCAAUCAAUAUCAAGCUCUACGCGCAAAGGUGAUAACACAAAACCCUCGACUCCAGACGUUCAACAAUUUACCAUGCCAACAAUGAUAGAAUGCACACCCCUUAUACAUCAACCAAUGAGCGGUACCCUAAACUCUAAAUGUUCAAGUGAGUUAACGCCAGUUGGAAGUUCAAAUGAUGCCAGGAAACAUGUUCCCAAGCCAGUGACUAUGGCAUUUGAACAAGAGGAUGCUGUUGUGGCAUUGAAGAAAUUGAUUACAGAGCGUUAG